CGCAGAUAGAAAUGAGGAAGCAGUGAUUGCAGAAAUCUCACGAUCCUGUUCAUGCUGCACACAACAUCCAGACUCUGAUUUCAAGCUGCAUUGUUUAUUCUAGCAGUUCGAGAUGAAGGUUUUGCUGCUGUUGGUGAUGUUGACAGCAUGUGCUGCAGCUCCUCAAGAUCUGUCAGGUAAAAUGUUCAUCUUCCCACAAGAAACCAGCUCAGCUCAUGUGAGGCUGACCGCAUCAAGACAGGGUUUUGGUGCUGUAACCGUCUGUCACAGAUCCUUCACAGACCUUCAGAGAGACCACGUCCUUUUCUCUUUGGCCACAUCCAGUUCUGCCAAUGACUUCCUGAUUUUCUGGGACGAAGCAAGUAAAGGAAUUGCGCCCCAUAUCAAGAAUGUAAAGUCACAAUAUAAAGGGUGUGACUACAAGUCGAACAUGUGGCACUCUAUUUGUACAACAUGGAACUCUGAGUCCGGACUGGUGCAGCUGUGGUUUGAUGGACAACCUUCAAUUAAGAAGUUUGUCAGCUCUGGAUCAAACAUCAGUGGAUCUACUAUAAUUGUCUUAGGACAGGAGCAGGAUUCCCAUGGUGGGGGGUUUGACUUGAAGCAGUGUUUCAUUGGCAUGAUGUCUGAUGUACACAUGUGGGACUACGCCCUUUCCCCCUGUGAGAUCCAGAAGUACGUGGAUGAACUAAACUUCACCCCAGGGAAUGUGCUCAACUGGAGUGCGCUGGAGUUCCAGAUCACAGGCAGAGUGCUGAUAGAAGAUAAACAAAAGACCUGUUACUAAAAUUUAAAACAAAACUACAAUAAUUUGAGUUAUGCAAAUCAAGUGGGUUUGAAAUAUUUCUCAAUAAAGUCCUGCUACAAA